GCUCAAACGUUCUGGGAAUUUCAAAGCGUAUUUGCUUGGCAGCAGACGACAAAAGCAGACAAUAGGCAUGAAUACCCACCAGUUCUUCAGUCCUCCAGGAUCAUCCCUGAGCACAGAAUUACCACAAGACCAAGUUCAUUCAGAAAAUAAAAAGAAAUGUACACAAAGAAGAACCAGAGCUGACCAGAGCAGAAAAGGUGGCACUGAUGACAAAUCUUUGUGCAUCUUGACACUGUCCAUUGGAGAUGUCAAACGAUGGUGCCAUGCACAACCAGAUUCAACUGGGCCAUUACUGUUCGAAGUAUUUGGCAUUGUGGAUUCAGCUGCACAGAAAGAAUCUGACUGCUCUAAAUUUUUUAUCCUGCGGGACGAGACUGGUAGCAUUGGUUGUCAUUUUUAUGAAAUUGACAGACAUCUUCCAAAUCUUAUGCGAGGGCAAUGGCACAGAUGCGUAGGAAUGCUACACAGUAAAAGGGAAGAACUGCAGUGUCUUUCAGUGCGCCAGGCCGGCUUGGAAGAACGCCGUGCUGCUCACAGGCGUACUGUUCUGAGUCAAAGGCAAUACUAUAGCUCACUCAACGAACAAUAACUUUACGAAAUCCUGUGUUUACUUCACUAUUCCAUAUGCCCAACUGUUUGGCUUUUAUUUUGUUAGUUGGGUUUUAAACUGUUGUUGUGUUGAGUUGAUUCAGCAGUUUUAUGUUGAAAUUAAGGGUAUAAUAAAAAGUAUGCUGGUGUUGAGCGAUGGUCAUUGCCAAACGUCGUGGGAAAACACAUGCACAUUCAAAACUGAAGAAUUUUCCUAAAGAUGAUGGUGACAGGAAAUAAAAUUUUAUAUAACUUUCACGUAAAUGUUUUUGGAAAGAAGUCGGGGUGGGGUGGUGGUGGUGGUGAUGGCAAUUUUGUGUCUGCAAUAACUUUGUGUGAGCGGCCCGGUGGCGCAACGGUUAGCGCUGUUAGCGCCUGUCACCAAUACAGUGAAGGUUGGCUGCCCUGAGUUCAUUUCUCGUCUCGGGCAUGCUGUUCUUUCUCUGCACGUGGCACC